GUGAAAAUCGUGUCAAUAAAGUUGAAUGUUACAUGAUUAAUUAUUGAUCUCCACAUACAAAAAGACCACGAAUCAAACAGUGACAUAAGAACGUUCACGUUAACAUGGUGUGUCGUGGCUCCAGGUAAUGUGAGGUGUUGGCAUGUCACCCUUCGUAGCUUUCUGUAACUCCGGUAUGAGAUGAGCACGGGCGCAGGUUGCAGGACCAACUCUUUACUCAGUACAACCACACGCAUUGCUCCGUCGCUUGUCCUCCAGUCAGAGUUGAGUUUCUGGUAGGACUGCUGUUCUUGUAUCCUCUGAUGUACAUUCUGUGGUGUUGACUGUUUGAGCACAGAGGUGGAACAUGGUAUUGUGCUCCGUAAAACUCUCCCCAUUAGCAUUUGUGCUGGUGACAUGUUGAGAGCUGUAUUCCUCAGCGACAACAUGGCCAAAUGUGGAUCUGUGUUUGUCUGAGCUGCUUUCUUAAGCACGUGUUUCACUGUUUUGACAGCACGCUCAGCCGUUCUGUUCGAAGAGGGAAAACCCGGGCUGGAAUGAGUGAUCUUGAACUGCCAUGAAUCCGCAAAAGUUUUCACCUCAUAACUUGCAAAUGGCACAUGAUCACUUAUGACCUCUUAUGUAAUUCCGUGUUUAGCAAAUACACAUUUCAUUCUCUGAAUCACUGUUGCUGUUGACUUAUCAGGAACUUGGUGAGAUAGUCAACCAUGAGCAGAUGGGCUCAAAGCUCAAAGAUAUCAAGUCCCACUUUCAUCCCCGGCAACUCUGUGUGGUAGAAGUGGCUCAGCCUGGUUAUUGGGCUGCAACUGCUGACAUUGUACACCCUUCUUUACCAUCGUUUCUCUGUCUCUUGUCUUAUCAGGCCAGAGGUGGACCUUUCUGGCUUUCAUGUGCUACUCUGCUUGGUGAGCAAGAUGUAACUUCUCCAAAAUAACUUUCCUGAAGUUCUGAGGAAUAACACUCUUGUCACCUACUGUACCAUUACAACUCCAUUUUGGAUGGCAAUGUUCUUUCACAGUGGCCAGUAGCUAUUUCCUAUUGGGCCAUCCACUCGUGUGUUUUUCCAAAACAGCUUGCAAUACUUCAUCAGCUGGAGUGUCUUCCUUCAGCUGUCUCAGUGUUUCUUCGCUCAAAGCAUAGGCAGCCACCACCUUCUCAUCACAGGGGUUUUCAGCGGCAGUCUCUCGUGCAUACAUUGUAGCUCUGGAACGCGUGUCCGCUAUGAGCUUUGCAUGGUGUGUACUUUAUAUCUCAAUCGUAUUUCUGCAGUUGUAACAACAUCCCUUGUAGAUGUGCUCGUGCCUUGCUCAGUGGCUUUCUCACAGUCGCCUCCAGAGGCUUGUGGUCUGACUGCACAGUCACUUGCCUGCCGUACACAUACUGGUGGAAUCUCUUGGCUGCGAAUACUAUGGCUAAUAUCUCCAUCUCAAUUUGUGCAUACCUCUUCUCAGUGUCUGUGAGUGCUCGUGAGGCAUAGCAGACCAGAUGCCCAUUCUGGAUCAGACAUGCUCCCGAUCCAUCCUUCAAGGAGUCAGCUUGAAGUGUCAGCGGUUUCUCCUGAUUAUAGUGCUUCAACACUGGUGCUCGCGUGUCCUUCAUUGUCUUCAAAGCAAGACUGAUGAUGUGACCACUGCCACACAGCGUCUGUCCUCCGCAGCUGCUCAGCUGAUCCACAUAUUUCCAGGCAUCUUCUCAACGUCAGCUCUUUGUCACGGAGCAGUCUCUUUCAGACGAGUGUCACUUAUACUGAAUACCAGUUUAUCUCUGAUCAUAUCAUCAUCUUCCAAAUUCACAGUCCUUGCUCUUUUGAUGAAGUUCUGUGACAAGUCUGUCUACUGGUAUCCCAGCUUGCAUCGCAUGUGUACAAAACUGAUGGUGUUCGAACGCCACAUUCUUUUGUGGCCCACAAUAGUCCCUGAACGCUUGCAUGUCCUCCAUAGUUGGUUCAUCUUCGGCAGUAUGGACUGUGAGUGUAUUGUACACCUCAAGUGCAUCCUCGCCAACUGUAUGAAGCAAAAUUGCGAUCUUGACACUUUCUGUCCUAUCUCUCUAUUGCACCUGAGGCAACCAUAUGAAGGUGAAAUCUUUGUUCAGCCAUAUUGCCGGACACACCAGCUCGCUCACGGGCUGAGUUCCAUCUACAGUGAGUUUCUUCAGAAGAAGGAGCUGAGCUCAGCUGGAAGCUCCACCCACAAACAUGGACACAAGUCAGACCAGAGAGCUGCUCCCAGGUGUGGACAGAGAGGAGGAAGCGCCUCCCUCUAAAGCCCUUCUGGGUGAGGACCAUGGCAGCCAGACCAGAGCUCAGAGAUCAAAGCCACUCACAUCAGAAGCUGCUGGACGAGGGCAAAGACCUGGACCCGCUCCCAGCGGUGAGUCUCUGAAGAGUGACAGGUCUAUGAGUGGAAGAAUGAUCGACUUCAGAGUAGGACACAACCAUCCGAGGAGGAGCAGGUUGAAUCAGGAGAAACUGGACUCUGAACUCACCUGUGAGUCUCUGAAGAGUGACAGGUCGAUGGAUAUUCUCAUUGAUUUCAAAGGUGGACAAGAGCCUUCAGGAGAGAGAGAGGAUCAGCAGGUCUCAGAUGUUCUCAGUCUCCAGUGUGUCCAGCAGCAUCAGACAGAUCUGGACUCCACACUUCAGCUGCUUGAGGAGACUGUCAUGACCCUGGUGAAGAAGGAAGUGAGGAGAGUCCAAAGGUUCCUCAGUCCAGAUGAUCCCAAAUACCAGGAUGAUGAGGAAGAGGUGAAGGUGAAGUGUGAUGAGGAGCAGAUGUGGAGCAGCAGAGAAGCUUUCCUGGACUUCAUCAUGAACCUCCUGAGGAGCAUGGAGGAGGAGGAGCUUGCUGAUCGUGUGUGGAGCAGAAGUCGUGCUGGAACGUGUGCAGGACGACUGAAGAGGAGCCUGCAGAAGAAGUUCCACAGUGUGUUUGAGGGGGUGGCUAAAGCAGGAAACUCUGCCCCUCUGAAUCAGAUCUACACAGAGCUCUACAUCACUGAGGGGGGCACAGACCAGGUCAACCAGGAGCACGAGGUCCGACAGAUUGAAGCAGCAACCAGGGACCAGACCAGAGCAGAAACUACCAUCAGACAAGAAGACCUCUUUAAAGCCUCACCUGAGAGAGAGGGACCCAUCAGGAGCCUGCUGACGAAGGGCGUGGCUGGCAUUGGGAAGACCCUCCUGACCCAGAAGCUGACUCUGGACUGGGCUGAAGACAAAGCCCACCAAAACUUCCAGCUCAUGUUUCCUUUCACCUUCAGAGAGCUGAACCUGCUGAAAGAGAAGCAGUUGAGUUUGGUGGAACUUGUUCAUCGCUUCUUUCCUGAAACCAAAGACUCAGGACUCAGCAGCUUUGAAGGAGUCCAGGUUCUGUUCAUCUUGGACGGUCUGGAUGAGUGUCGACUGCCUCUGGACUUCAACAGUCGGGUCCUGACAGAAGCUACAGAGUCCACCUCAGUAGACGUCCUGCUGACCAACCUCAUCAGGGGGAAGCUGCUUCCCUCAGCUCAGCUCUGGAUGACCACACGACCUGCAGCAGCCAAUCAGAUCCCUCCUGAGUGUGUGGACAUGGUGACAGAGGUCCGAGGGUUCACUGACCUCCAGAAGGAGGAGUACUUCAGGAAGAGGUUCAGAGAUGAGGAGCAGACCACCAUCAUCUCUCACAUCAGGAGCUCACGAAGCCUCCACAUCAUGUGUCACAUCCCCAUCUUCUGCUGGAUCACUGCCACAGUUAUGGAGGACAUGUUGAAGAGCAGAGAGAGUGGAGAGCUGCCCAAGACCCUGACUAAGAUGUACAUCCACUUCCUGGUGGUUCAGGCCAAAGUCAAGCAGCUCAAGUACCACCGAGGAGCUGGGACAGACACAGUUUGGGAUCCUGAGAGCAGGAAGAUGAUCGAGUCUCUGGGAAAACUGGCUUUUGAGCAUCUGCAGAGAGGAAACUUGAUCUUCUAUGAAUCAGACCUCACAGAGUGUGGCAUCGACAUCACAGCUGCUGCACUUUAUUCAGGAGUCUUCACACAGAUCUUCAGAGAGGAGAGAGGACUGUACCAGGACAAGGUCUUCUGCUUCAUCCACCUGAGUCUCCAGGAGUUUCUGGCUGCUCUUCAUGUCCACCUGAAGUUCUUCAACUCUGGAGUCAAUCUGCUCCAUUCACAGCAAACAUCCAUACUGAUAAGAAUCUUUAGAAAGAAUGUUCAUCCUGAACAGUUCUACCAGAGAGCAAUAAAUGAAGCUGUAGAAAGUCCUACUGGACACCUGGACUUGUUCCUGCGCUUCCUUCUGGGUCUUUCUCUGCAGAGCAGCCAGAGACUCCUUCCAGGUUUGUUGCCACAGACAGGAAGUAGCUCAUGGACCCAGCAGAACACAGCAGAGCUCAUCAAGAAGAAGAUAAAUGAGAAAGUGUCUCCAGAGAGAAUCAUCAAUCUGUUCCACUGUCUGAGUGAAGUGAAGGACACUUCUCUAGUGGAGCAGCUCCAACAGCAGCUGAGAUCAGGACGUCUCUCCACAGAGGAACUGUCUCCUGCUCAGUGGUCCACCCUGGUCUCCAUCUUACUGUCCUCAGAGGACGAUCUGGAGGUGUUUGACCUGAAGAAAUACACUGCUUCAGACAAGGCUCUUGAGAGGCUGCUCCCGGUGGUUCAAGCUUCGAAAGCUGUUCUACUGAGAGACUGUCAGCUGUCAGAGAGAAGUUGUUCCCUUCUGUCCUCAGUCCUCAGCUCUCCGUCCUCUCGUCUGACACAACUGGACCUGAGCCACAACUACAUGUAUGAUUCAGCACUGAAGCUGCUGUGUGCUGGAUUGAAGAGUCCACACUGUCACCUGGAGACUCUCAGCCUGAUCAGGUGUGAUAUGUCAGAGAGAAGUGGUUCCCUUCUGUCCUCAGUCCUCAGCUCUCCGUCCUCUCGUCUGACACAACUGGACCUGAGUCUCAACAGCAAGCUGAAGGAUCCAGGAGUGGAGCUGCUGUGUGCUGGACUGAAGAGUCCACACUGUCACCUGGAGACUCUCAGCCUGAGCUGGUGUUUCCUGUCAGAGAGAAGUGGUUCCCUUCUGUCCUCAGUCCUCAGCUCUCCGUCCUCUCGUCUGACACAACUGGACCUGAGCCACAACAUCAACCUGAAGGAUCCAGGAGUGGAGCUGCUGUGUGCUGGACUGAAGAGUCCACACUGUCACCUGGAGACUCUCAGCCUGAGCUGGUGUGGACUGUCAGAGAGAAGUGGUUCCCUUCUGUCCUCAGUCCUCAGCUCUCCGUCCUCUCGUCUGACACAACUGGACCUGAGCUACAACAUCUUGCAGCAGGAAUCAGGAGGUGCUGAGGUGCUGUGUGCUGGACUGAAGAGUCCACACUGUCACCUGGAGACUCUCAGUCUGUCAGGGUGUAUGAUCUCAGAGAGAGACUGUGCUUCUCUGGCCUCAGCUCUGACCUCUAACCCCUCCCAUCUGAGAGAGCUGGACCUGAGCUUCAACCAUCCAGGAGGACCAGGACUGGAGCUGCUGUCUGCUGGACUGGAGAGUCCAGACUGGAGGCUGGAGACUCUCAGGCUGGAUCACUGUGGACCACAGAGGUUAAUAUCUGGACGGCAGAGAUACUUCCGUCCACUCUCACUGGACCCAGACACAGCUCACCGGCGCCUCCUGCUGUCCAACAACAACAGCAUGGUGGAACUAGUGACGGAGGAUCAGGAUUAUCUGGACCAUGACGACAGGUUUGAGCGGUGUCCUCAGGUGAUGAGCAGAGAUGCUGUGACUGGUGUCUGUUACUGGGAGCUGGAGUGGAGAGGAAGAGUUUCUGUGGCAGUGACUCUCAGGAGAGACGGAGGGAAGGAAGACGAGUCUGAGUUUGGACAGAACCAUUAUUCCUGGAGUCUGAGCUGCUCUGAUGAUGCUGGAUAUAAAUUCUGUCACAAUAAGAGAGAAACUGUCAUCGAGAGCUCAGAAGUCUCUCACAGACUUGGAGUGUUGCUGAAUGCACCUCCUGGAACGCUAGGGUUCUACAGAGUCUCCUCUGGAGUCCAGACUCACCUGCGCACCUUGUUCACCCCCACUGAACCUCUGUACCUGGGAUUUGGACUCGGAGAGGUUCCUGGUUCUGGUUCUGGUUCUGGUUCUGGUUCCUCCGUGUGUCUGUGUGACCUGAGUGUGUGAGUGUGUUCCUCCAACAAACUGGUGUUGCUGGUUCAAAUCCCCAUCCAAACUGCUGACAGUGAGGAAUGAAAUCAAAUUUAAGAGGUGGUUGAAAACAUUUUCCCACCACUGUAAAUGAAUAGAAAAUCUGGAUUCCCCUCUGGAUCUUUGUCUUUUCCCACCAAGAUUCCCCACUGAAAGGAUUAGAAUGGUAGCAGUAAGGAAGCGUGCAGCUGAGCUCCUCUCAGUGGAUCAGCAACCGUAACUGUAUGAAUAACAGUCGAAGCUCAGCGUCAUGGAAAAUGACUCGCACUGUACCACAGAGGACUCUCCAUUUGAAUUCCUCCCAUUGGGUCAGUGUUUUGGCUUGUUUGGUUUAUGAAUACAUGGAUUAAAGCAUUUAAAUCAUGUAUUAUGUGUUAUUUAUAAAUACAUUGGAGUAGUUCAAAAUCAUGCCUAAUAACUGCAGACUCGAGAUAAAAACUGAAAAUAUAAGGCUGUUACCCAUUUUCUUUUGGUUGUUAUUUUCGUAUGUGCUAGAUUUACUUUCAUUUCUACACCCCCCAUUUUUUCAUAUAGUCCUUUCUCACUGUUUGUAUAUAUAUAUAUA